UUUUCUUACUUGCACGCCUCCAUCAACACCUUAUAUUGGAUAGAUAUUUUAAAUUUUUCUGAAUGACACCCUACCAAGUGUUCGACUAAAAACCCCACAGAAAGAAAUCAUUAUACCAAAGAAGAGUAUUAUGGGCAAGAAAGGAGGAGGCAGAAAAGGACCAAAUUUGGCUUCUGGGUCGAACAACUUGAUAACACUGAGAGAAGAAGCCACCGGCAGAAAGCAAACCAGAGGAGGUUCCUCCAAUGCAAAAUCAAUAUUGAAAGUCAAGCACUUGGAGAGGCUAGCCACAUGGGCAAGUGGGGAGGCUUCUAUUCCUUCUCUGGCUGCAUUCUAUGGUCGCAGAUUGGCCUCUGUCGAGGAGGCUUUGGGUGUCGCCCCUGACCCUUCUUUGUUUACUUGUCAAAGAUGUGAAACAAUUCUUCAGCCUGGCUUCAACUGCACUGUCCGUAUUGAGAAAAAUAGAGCAAAGCCGCGGCGUAGAAGUAAGAAACCUAAUAAUUCCACUCAGAACAGUGUAGUGUAUACGUGCCACUUUUGUUCACAACGGAAUUUGAAGAGAGGGACCCCAAAAGGACAUAUGAAAGAUAUAUGCCCCUCUAAGAUCAGAAAAACUAUGAAACCAAAGGCUGAUAAAUCCAUUUUUCAGCAGCCUGUCAGCUCAGAGAGGAGCAUCAUUGAUAAAGAUGAGGUUAUUAAAAUGGAUGAGAUAUCUUUACCAGCAAUAUCUGAAGAGACUCCCACCAUCGACUGUCCAACAACUCCAGCAGUGGUGAAAACUGGAACCACAUUGUUGGAUAGUAAGAGGAGAAAGAGAAACAGAUCAGCAGCUAAGAAACCAGCCGAACCUGAAAACAUUUCUACCUCUAUAGACAAAGAAAAAACUUCCUGCAAUUCGAGGAAACGAAGAAAAAAAUCGUGGACAGGUUUGAAGGAAAUUGCUGAAAGCAGUGAGAACAAGACAAACAUUACCAAUUUGAGAAUACCUUUCUUAAUGUAAGUCAAAUGUAUUUUCGAUUUUGAGGAUACUGAGGAUAGAUCAAGUGGGAUUUUUUUUUUUUUUUUCCAAGCUUUGGCCAAUGAUUUUGGAUUUAUAGAUUUCUGGUUUUGUAAUUUGCAUAGAGGUAUUUUAUAUGUAGGGCCAAAAACGAAAGGAAAAGAAAAAGAAAAUGUAAAUUGAGAAUGAAGAAUGAAUUACUGUAUUAUGGCUGAAA